AUGUCUGCUGAAGAAGAGCAGAAGAAGAAUCGUGACACGUUGACCAAUUUCGGGGCGGAGCACACUGAGCAGAACUUGGCCAUAAUUGCAGAUCUCAGAAAGCGGUUUACUCGGAUUUCUCGCGUGGCCUGGGGGCAGGCAAAGGCUUCCGUGGUGCAGAGUUCGUCGGAGCGCGUGCCGUUCCUCAAGGUUCCAAAGAGCACGGGCGCUGAUGAAGAUCAGAAGAUUUCCCCUUACGUGGUUACGGAUGAGGAGCUCGAGGCUUUCACGUUGCCCCCGACGUGGGACCCAGAACACUUCUUUCUUGUCAAGGCGAGCAUCCUGCACGCGGAAGAUAAGAAAUCGAUUAAGAAGCUCGGCGUGGAUUGGACGUUCGUGGACCUGUCAGUGAGCUUGAACCGCACGACUAAAGAGGCAGCGCCAAGCAAGCUGGAGCGCGGGAAGCUGCCCGAGCCCGCGGAAGCCGAGGAGGAGAAGACCCCACAGGUGGCGCUUCCAGAGGGGACGGCGCCGAAGGAGGAGGCACCUCAGGAGAAGGAGCCACCUCCACAGGGAGGCGGAGCCGAUGGGCAUGCGACGGGCGGGAACGAGCCUGCUCCAGCGAGGGAGGCGGCGCCUCGUGUCCGGCCUCGCGAUUUGCUCAGGCACAAGUCGGGCGAGCUGGAUGUGGCCGAGGAGAUGAUGCAUUACAACAAAGGCGUCGAGGAGUGUUUGAAGCACAACUUGAUUACCAGCGUGGACGCGCUCGACCCCACGGUCGUCAAGUGGCUUUCGCGGUUCCGCUUGAAGUACGAGGGGCUCAAAAAGGCGGCCUCCGAGGAGGGAAGCAACGACGUCUGCAUGGUACACGAGCAGGCGGGCGCUGGGCGCAAAGAAGUGAAGCUGUCGCGCACGGAGGCCUCCAGGGUGCUCGGCGCGUCUGAUGAUUCGGUUCCAGGCUCGAGCAACAAGGUCGCCGCGGCGUUCCACGCGGCAGUGCGCAAAGGCAACCUGGCGCCCAUCGCAGAGGGCACCUACUUGCGCAGCAUCUUUCGUCAUGAGGCAAGCGGCAUCACAGCGAUUCUCGACGAGGACGUGCGCAUGUCCCGCAUCGAACGCUGGGAUGGACCCACCUCUGGCGCGGCAGAUUUCUUCCCGUACAGCCUGCUCUCCAUCCACACCGAUCCGGGCAAGAGCUCAAAGGAGGCGCCGAAGUGGCUGAGCGUGAUCUACGACUGCGCCAACUUGUUCCAGGUCUCGGGCUUCUCGAAGGCGGCGCACAUGGUCGGCAACUUCCGCGCCCAGGCGUGCGGGCUGCCGUUGCCGCACUGGCAGAGCCGGAUCGCCAACUGCGCCGACCAGUCACACGAGCCCGCGGGCAUCGCAGAGGGCGAGGUGGCCCCGGGCGCCGUGCUCGGCUACGCCCCGCCGCUGCAGGAGAGGAGAGUCAGCCUCGACGAGAGUCAGCCCCUCGUUGACAGGAAGAAGACGGCGAACCGCGCACUGCUCCACAGCUUCAACACGUCGCCAGAGGAGAAGGACAUGCUCGACAUCUCGAGCGGGGCUGCGGCCGACAUCGUCGCGGUGCCCGCUGGCGCGGCCGGUGGGCUCGGCGCGCCGCUGCUCGCCCGGCCCGAGGGCGGCGGGGCCGGCGCCGCCCCGGAGCAGCGAGGCUGGCUGCCAUUCUCCCGGGCAGGAGCAAAGCCCGUUCGCAAGGCCAUCGUGGCAGUGCAGCCGAAGACCCUGAAUUCGCUGGAGCGCACCUACUUGGAGUGGGUUCACUUCGUAACGCUCUUGGCGACCGUUGGAGUCUUCCUGAUGCACGCGGGUAACGAGCGAGGCAUUGGUCGUGUUUUGGUGUUGGUAUCUAUUACGUUGAUUGCGAGGGUGCAUUACGUCUUCACUUGGAGAGCCGAGGCGCUGGACCUUAAGAAGGAUAUCGAGUAUCACGAUCCAGUGACGCCAAUCCUGCUGGUUGCAGGCAUCAUUGUCUGCGUAUCGUGGUCCAGUCUGGGCGCAAUUGGUGCAAUUGAUUUCAACACGUAG